UGUGACGUCCAUUGUGACGUAGGAAAAGCGAGAGGUCUGUAGCUAAGCGACGCGACUUCUAUGAUAGCUUAGCUUGCUAGGUACCUAGAGUUUGUCAGAAUAUUUGAGAUAAUCCAGCAUAUGCAGGUGUGUGUGUGAAGAAUGAAUGCCAAAUCUAGUGCUGGAAAGGUUCGCAAUAUGGACACGAACCCUUGUAUUGAGGAAAGUGAUGGUUCACAGAAGUGCCUGGAUGCUUAUAACUAUGAUAAGAACAUGUGUUAUGCAUACUUCAUGAAGUAUAAGAAUUGUAGGAAGUACUGGCAUAGUGUGAAGCUUCAGCGCAGACAUGAAGGAAUAAAACCAGAAAUGCCUACAGCUAAAGAGCAGGAGGAAAUAUUACGUGCUCUGGGAGGAAAGCCCUACUGACACACAAAUGUACCAUGAACUGAGUUUCCCCGACAACUCUUUCAAUGUGCCACUGUGAUCGAAUUUUAUUAGAGCAUUUCUUUUCGCAGGCAUCCAGGGUCUGUGGAUGAGUGUAUCCUUCCAUCUGGAAGAUCUUUUAGACUAAAGCUCAUUGGGCAGGUGUGUACAUGUGUACUCACUGGGUAGGUGUGUAUGUACACAUGUGUACUUGUGUGGCAGUUCAGCAUAUUUGUAUGCACUUUGUACAGUUGUUUGUGUGUUUUUGAGCAUGUCCAUGAUGAGCACCUGAACACAAGCUCAGCAUAUGUGUAAGAUUGUGUGUGUCAGAGAGUGCAUAGAAAUUCUAUCGUGUUAUUUUAAUUCACAAUGUUCCCUGGUAAUAAAUAUUGUUUAUGAACAUCCUCAUGAGUCUAAUAAAUAACAAAUAUUUCCUCUUUGUUUUGCUCAUUUGUGAUUGUAAUUAUUUUCUAUAUGUGCAAAUCUGUAAUGUGAUGACAGACUAGCUUUCUUGAAAGGGCGUGGGGAACUGCUGUCCACAAUGGCAACAUGCAAAUGUUUUUGGUAAAUUUAUUCCUGUUGUGUAUAAAGGCUUGCAAUUCGUUUAGUGACCUCUUGGGGGAGAUAGGGUCAUACAGUUCUCAUAUCAGCAGCUGCUACAUUUUGCUUUCACUUCAAAGUAUUAACAUUCCCCUCAAAAUAAAAUAUUCAUGUCAAACUGCCA